CGGUAUAGUUCAAUUUUCAAAUGUUCCUGGCAACUUUUUGGACCUUGAAUCCAUUGAAACAUUGCACAAACACGACUCCUGCGCAUCGCUUUCCAGCGAGCGCAUAUCACAUCUAACCAUGUCUCCUCGCUCGAGAGGUGUAAACCUCAUCGCCGAUGUCCUCGGCACAUCCGCUGCACCCUUAGCAGCCAGACGAGUGCUCACAAGAUCAGGCUUUUCGUCUCAGAACCACAUCUGCCGCUCAUGUCGACAAGCUCUGUCUCAGCAACAGCACCGUAACGCAUCGACAGCCACGGCAAAAGCUACAGUCGAAGCACCUCCCAUCACACAGCUAUCCCCCGACGGGCCCGAAGCCUCGCCAGUAUCUCAACCCAUCUACAGCAUAAAAGCCGGCGUGGUUGUUUCGCGGCCGCCCCUCCUCACUCCGGACCCUCACCCCUUCGAGACAGCAUAUCAUCUCUAUCAGCGACGACUUAACGAGCGUCUCGUCCUCCCAUUCACACAGUACUUCUACUACAAGCGCAAUACACCCGCGUUCGAACAGUGGCGCACAAAGCGUCGGGAAAGAGGAGGUGUCGCGGCGCGUGAUAUAGGCAAAUACAACGCCUACACCGAGGAGAGCUGGAACGACGAAGCGCUAGUGGGCGAUGAGUCGGGCGCCCCGGAGAAGAUUGUGAAGGAUCUUGUCGCCGAAGAAGGCCGCGCAGAAGAGUUCACGGGCGCUGGAGAUGCGACGUUCGCAGGUCUAAGGAGAAAAACCGAGGCUGAUGAGAAGAAUGACCAGCGCAGUCUGGAAAGAAGUCUGCAUAGGACGCUGUACUUGCUGGUCAAGAACAAGACAGUCAACGCUCAACAGGAUGAGAGCGAGCUGUGGAGAUUUCCCUCCGGGACGAUUGCUGGGUUCGAAGGAUUGAAAGAGGCCGCACAGCGCAUCCUCUUUGCGUCGUUAGGCGCCAACAUGAACACCUUCUUCGUCGGCAACCACCCCGUGGGCCACUAUGUGCAGAAAUUCACCUCGCCAAUCCCACGUGCGGCCAGACCGCCUACAACUACGCAAAAGGACAAAGCGUCGAAGGAGAUGCCGCUGAAACAGGAUCUUGCGGCUGAAGGGUCGAUGGUCGACGGCGAGAAGACGUUCUUCAUGAAGGCACGGAUCAUGGCCGGACAGGCUGAUUUGAGCGUAGCGCAGCAAGGUGGAGAGAUUGAGGAUUUCAAGUGGUUGAGUAAAGAUGAGGUUGAGGCGCUGGUGCAUCCUGAUUAUUGGACUAGGGUGAAGAAUAUGCUGGUUGCGCAGUGAACUUCAUCGUCAAAGUCGACUUUCUGCCUACUGCAGUGGAUAAGGGAUGAGCCUGUGGGGUCAAGAGACAGAGACAACCCAGCAAAAGGCAGAGGCUGCGUGAGCAAGAACAGCGCGAAAUGCAUGUCCAACUCGUAAAACCCGUUCAUUUUUUUCGUCAUUGUACACUUCCAGUC